GCGUGUGUAUGUGUGUGUGUCAUCAGCUGUCUUUGCUUGAAAUGUGGAGAAAAGAGGUUCUCUGAGUCACCAUGGCAGUGACUGCACACACCAUCAACUAGAAAAGACAACCUAAUUACACUCUGACCAGCUUUGGUGGAAUGUGAAGCACCCUAUGCAUCGUGUGUGGGCAGCAUCUAUUUGAGGCUAAGUAAGUUUCUAGACAUCUGUGUGUGCGCACACACACACACACUAUAUGAGUUUCUAUUUCUGUCCGGAGGGUACCCCACCACGGUAAGUUUAACUGUUGUAACAGGUGGGUGUGUGCAUCUGUGUUUGUGGGUACAACAGGAAGAGUGAUUGAGGAGUACUAGGGGGUCAGUUUGUUGUCGUGAAGCAGGCUGGAGGGAGGGGAUUUGGGUGCUAUCGCCUUUCUCACAGUGGACGAGUUGGAGAGACAGAGUAUGAGAGGAAAGGAGAGAGAGGAGAGAGGCAAUGGCUGACCAGGACAACUCUAUCACUGCUGAUGCUGUCAGUAGUUUUCUGCGGGCGGCUCGUUCUGGUAACAUGGACAAGGCCAUUGACCACAUAAAGAACGGCAUAGACAUCAACACAGCCAAUCAGAACGGGCUCAACGGGUUGCAUCUGGCCUCUAAAGAAGGCCAUGUUAAAAUGGUGCUGGAGCUGCUACAUGGAGGCAUCGAUGUGGAAACCCAGACUAAGAAAGGCAACACAGCUCUGCACAUUGCUGCCCUGGCUGGGCAGGAGCAAGUGGUGGCAGAGCUGGUAAAUUACGGGGCCAACGUCAAUGCCCAGUCCCAGGUGAGACCCCAGCCAGUGUCGGAAGAGACCUCGACCCCCCUGGCAGAGCCCCCUGCAGAGGAGCCACCCGCCACAACGGAUAACCAUACAAAGGGCUUCACUCCGCUCUACAUGGCCUCACAAGAGAAUCAUCUAGAAGUUGUGAAGUUCCUUUUGGAGAACGGGGCCAAUCAAAGCCUUCCCACUGAGGAUGGCUUCACCCCUCUCGCCGUGGCUCUUCAGCAGGGACAUGAGAAUGUCGUGGCCCUGCUCAUCAACUAUGGCACCAAGGGAAAAGUCCGUCUCCCCGCGCUGCACAUAGCGGCGCGGAAUGAUGACACGCGCACAGCUGCCGUGCUUCUACAGAACGACCCUAACGCAGACGUCCUGAGCAAGACAGGCUUCACACCGCUCCAUAUCGCCGCACACUACGAGAACCUGAACGUAGCCCAACUGUUGCUCAACAGAGGAGCCAAUGUCAAUUUCACCCCUAAGAAUGGCAUCACACCUUUGCACAUCGCAUCCAGGCGGGGGAACGUGAUCAUGGUACGACUCCUGCUGGACCGAGGGGCACAGAUUGAUGCCAAGACCAAGGAUGAGUUGACUCCACUGCACUGUGCAGCCAGGAACGGACAUGUGAGGAUCAUUGAGAUCCUACUGGACCAAGGGGCUCCUAUCCAGGCCAAGACCAAGAACGGCCUGUCUCCCAUCCACAUGUCAGCACAGGGGGACCACAUGGACUGUGUGAGACAACUCCUGCAAUACAACGCUGAGAUUGAUGACAUCACACUGGACCACCUGACCCCCUUGCAUGUGGCAGCCCACUGUGGGCACCACCGCAUGGCCAAAGUGCUGCUGGACAAGGGAGCCAAACCCAACUCCCGUGCACUGAAUGGUUUCACUCCGCUUCACAUCGCCUGUAAGAAGAACCACAUGCGUGUGAUGGACCACCUGCUCAAACACUCAGCGUCCCUAGAGGCUGUGACAGAGUCUGGCCUGACUCCUCUACACGUGGCCUCGUUCAUGGGCCACCGCAAAAUAGUCACCCAUCUGGUACAGAAGGGGGCUUCUCCCAGUGCUUCCAAUGUAAAAGUGGAGACUCCUCUCCACAUGGCAUGUAGAGCUGGACACUAUGAGGUGGCAGAGUUCUUACUGACCAAUGCAGCACCAGUAGACGCCAAGGCCAAGGAUGACCAGACACCGCUCCACUGUGCGUGUCGGAUGGGCCACAAGGAGCUGGUCACUCUGCUGCUGGAACACAAGGCCAACCCCAACUCCACCACCACAGCCGGGCACACACCCCUCCACAUCGCUGCCCGUGAGGGACACACUCAGACUACACGCAUCCUACUGGACAUGGAGGCCCAGCAGACCAAAAUGACCAAGAAAGGCUUCACUCCUCUCCAUGUGGCUUCUAAAUAUGGCAAAGUGGACGUGGCAGAGCUGCUCCUGGAGAGAGGGGCCAACCCUAAUGCUUCUGGCAAGAAUGGACUGACUUCUCUCCAUGUGGCUGUCCAUCACAACAACCUGGACGUGGUUAACCUGCUGGUCAGCAAGGGAGGCUCCCCACACAGUGCAGCAAGGAAUGGCUACACCCCUCUCCACAUAGCGUCGAAGCAGAACCAGGUGGAGGUUGCCAACAGCCUGCUGCAGUACGGCGCCUCGGCCAAUGCUGAAUCCCUCCAGGGGGUCACGCCCCUUCACCUGGCAGCUCAGGAGGGCCGGCCUGACAUGGUGGCCCUGCUCAUCUCCAAACAGGCCAACGUCAACCUGGGGAACAAGAGUGGACUGACUCCUCUCCACCUGGUGGCACAGGAAGGCCACGUGGGCAUCGCUGACAUCCUGGUGAAGCAAGGGGCAUCAGUGUAUGCUGCCACACGGAUGGGAUACACCCCUCUCCAUGUUGCCUGUCACUAUGGCAAUGUAAAGAUGGUGAAGUUCCUCCUGCAGCAGCAGGCCAACGUCAACAGCAAAACAAAGGUUGGUUACACUGCACUGCACCAGGCAGCCCAACAGGGCCACACAGAUAUCGUCACCUUACUGCUCAAACAUGGAGCCCCGCCCAAUGAGGUCACCACGAACGGUACGUCAGCCCUGUCCAUCGCCAAGCGGUUGGGGUACAUCUCCGUAAUCGACGUUCUCAAACUGGUCACAGAGGAGACGGUUUCCAUUACCACCACAGAGAAACAUCGUAUGAGUUUCCCAGAAACAGUGGAUGAGAUAUUGGACGUAUCAGAGGAUGAAGUAACUGCACAGCUAACAAUGGGGGAGGAGCUUUUGGGGACGGAAGGAGCCAGGUACAUGAAGAUGGAUGACUUGAAGGACCAUGAUGACGAUUUCCUGUCACCCAAGAAAUCUAUGGAGUACGAGAGAGGGCUGGGCACUGUCAACUACUCGCCUGCCAUUCCCAGGAUCCCUUGUGUCUCCCCAGAGAUGGUCCACCUAAAGGAGCAUGAGAUGGAGCAGGUACACACUCCAAUGCCAUUACAUAGAGAGUAUGAUGACGACUCCCUGAUCCCCAGCAGUCCAGCUACAGAGACCUCUGACAACGUCAGUCCUGUGGCCAGCCCCAUACACACAGGGUUCCUAGUGAGUUUCAUGGUGGAUGCUCGGGGCGGCUCGAUGCGAGGCAGCAGACACAACGGUCUGCGUGUCAUCAUCCCUCCACGGACCUGUGCCGCCCCCACACGUAUAACCUGCCGUCUGGUCAAGCCCCAGAAACUCCCCACCCCUCCCCCCCUGGUGGAGGGAGAGGGCCUGGCGAGCCGUAUCAUCUCUCUGGGCCCAGCCAGCAUGCAGUUCCUAGGGCCUGUGAUCGUGGAGAUCCCACACUUUGCAGCUCUGGGUCGAGGGGACCGGGAGCUGGUGGUUCUGAGGAGUGAGAAUGGCUCUGUUUGGAAGGAACACCGCAAUCGCUACGGGGACGAUGUACUGGAGACUAUCCUCAAUGGGAUGGAUGAAGAUCUGGAGAGCCAAGAGGAGCUUGGGAAGAAGCGUAUCCGACGAAUCAUCUCCACUGACUUCCCCCUCUACUUUGCUGUGGUGUCGCGUGUCCAGCAGGAGAGUGACCUGAUUGGCCCAGAGGGGGGUCAACUGACCAGUAAGCUGGUGCCGAUGGUCCAGGCUACGUUCCCUGAGACAGCGGUCACCAAGCGAGUCCGUCUGGGCCUGCAGGCCCAACCAGUCCCAGACGAGCUGGUUGCCAAGCUGCUGGGUAACCAGGCAACCUUCAGCCCCGUGGUGACUGUGGAGCCACGACGACGCAAGUUCCACCGGCCCAUCGGCCUGUGCAUCCCCCUACCCCCCUCCUGGAGAGAGAGCCCCCGGGACUCUGGGGAGGGGGACACCACCAGCCUGCGCCUUCUCUGCAGUGUCAUCGGUGGCACAGCCCCAGCUCAGUGGGAGGACAUCACUGGUACCACCAAGCUCAUAUAUAGCAAAGACUGUGCCAACUUCACAACCAAUGUGUCAGCACGGUUCUGGCUGGCUGACUGUCCCAGGACAGCCGAGGCUGUGUCUUUCUCCAACCUCCUGUAUCGAGAGCUCUCAGCUGUGCCCUACAUGGCCAAGUUUGUGGUGUUUGCCAAGAUGAACGAGGUCCGUGAGGGCCGCCUGCGCUGCUACUGCAUGACUGAUGACAAGAUGGACAAAACCCUGGAGCAACACGAGAACUUCAGUGAGGUGGCCCGCAGUCGUGACAUCGAGGUGAUGGAGGGAAUGCCGCUGCACCUGGAGUGUUCUGGGAACCUGGUCCCAGUGAGGAAGGCUACCCAGCAGCCUCGCUGUUUUAGCUUCCAGGCCUUCAAAGACAACAGACUCCCCGUCUCAGUCAAGGUGAGAGACAGUAGCAAGGAUCACUCUGGAUUCCUGUCCUUCCUACGCAAGUCUACGAAGUACGAAGACAGCCAACAUGUGCUGUGCAACCUCAACAUUACCAUGCCCCCGUGUAUCAAGGCUGCUGGUAGUGAAGACCGGAGGCGAACUCUGACCCCAUUAGCCCUGCGAGAGAGAUACAGCGCCAUGAAUGAGCCUGCCAUGGGUAAAGCAUCAAUGAGUGCCAUGGAAAGGACAGAGUUGAAGAUGGCUUUGAUAGCUGAACAGUUGGGACUGAGCUGGGCUGAGCUGGCGAGGGAGCUACAGUUCAGUGUAGAUGACAUUAAUAAGAUCCGUGUGGAGAAUCCUAACUCCCUAUUGGAGCAGAGUUCUGCCCUGCUCAACCUAUGGGCCACCCGUGAGGGCAAGAGAGCCAAGAUGGAUAGUUUGUAUACAGCUCUGAAGAGCAUUGACCGGAUGGACAUAGUGAACAUGUUGGAGGGCCAGGGGCCACAGCCUGCAGGGAGGCAGGCCCGGGAGUCAAGCAGACGCAGACACAACGAGAGUGACCACGUCUCCCCCAGCCUGAGCAAUGGUUACGGGCUGAUGCAGGAGGAGCUGCUCUCCCCUCCCUCCAUGCAGUACAGCCUGCCCUCCCCGUUGGGCAACGAGCCCUACUGGCAGGAAGUCUCCAGUCUGGAGUGUGCUCCAAUGGCCACCACUGAGGAGGACACGCUCAUGGAGAUAUCCGAUGUGCAGGUGUGGCCCUCUGGCAACAGCCCCUCCCUAGUGGCCGUGGAGGACUCCUCGCUGGAGUGCAGCAAUGCCGACGACUCGGAGGGGCUGCUGGGGCUGCCGUAUGGGAGCCUGGGCCGGCCGGGCAGUGGGGCCAGCGGUGGGGGCGGGGGGCUGAGUGGAUCUAUGGAGCUGGUGGAGGACAACUCAGAGAUGGGGGCUGUUGAAUCAUUCAGCACCGCCACACAUGCCACCCCUGCCUCGUUCAGCACCGCCACACCUGCCACCCCUGCCUCAUUCAGCACCGCCACCCCUGCCACACCUUCUUCGUUCGGAGGCACCAUCGCCGCCGCGGUCAACAGCAUUAAUGGGCUGGACAAAGGUCAAGUGUCAAAUGUCGUGACGUCGGAGGCAGCAGCGGUCGGAGGCAACAUGACGGGUGGAGAUGGAGCUGGAGGAGGAGGAGGAGGAGGAGGAGGAGGGACAGGCUCAGAGGAAGGGCUUUCUCUUGUUGCAGGACAACAGCAGCGGGUGUACGCUCGGCUGAGCGAGUCGCCCGGUCUGAGCCGCGUGGCAGAUCGUAAUGGAGACAGGUCCAGUGGUGGCAGUGGUGGUAGUGGAGGCAGCGGUGGAGGUGGAGGCUCUUUCCUGUCCUACCUGCAGGAGCAGUCGGGUCCAGGCUGGCAACCUGUCACGGACCACACUCAGGCCUGGGUGGGCUCGCAGACAGCCAAACCCAGGCAGGCCAUGGACUCUAUGAUGUCAUCAGUACGCGCCGCCAUGGACGUGGACCCCAGCCAGUCACGCGUGUCCCAGGAGGCCUUGCUUCAGCCAGUGCGGGACAUGGGGCACACGGAGAUCCUGCGUGGGCACUUCAGGGGCACCCAGCCAUUUGAGAAGGGCCUGGGGUUCCCUCACAGGGUGCCAGAGCUGCGGACCUGGGACGAAGUACGCCUGAGGGGGCAGGGUGAUGAGGCCAAGGAUCUCCCAGGGGAACAAGUGAGCGAGGAGCAGUUCACAGACGAGCACGGAAACAUUGUCACCAAGAAGAUUGUGCGGAAAGUGGUGCACAGGGGGAAGGGCUCGGGUGAUGAGGGGUGUCAGGAGCGGUCAGUGGGCGUGGAGGGCUCUCUGCAGGAUGAGCUGGAGGCUGAAGCGGAGCAGUUCAUGAACUACGCCGUCCUGAGCAGCAAGCCGGAUAUUGUGGAUGUGAAGAAGGGUGCUCAGAUAGUGAAAUGUGCCAGUCUGCGGAGAGUAAAGCAGUGAGGCAUGCAGACAGUGGCAGAGUGAAGCGUCCCCGCAGGAGUUGAACCCCACACCAAAACAACCCUACUUAGACACAUGACCGGCAGCAGGAGACAGGAGGAAGAGUGCACAUGAAGAGGAGUGUAAUAAUGGAGAUAAAAGAAAAGAGAUCUGAACGACAAAACACCAACUUCAUAAUAACGACAACCACAAUGGCUACGCCGAUGAUCCGCACUCACCGGAGAAGGAAAUGGAUUUACUUGUAGUUUUCGUACUUUUUUUUUUUUUUAAAGAAACAAUCAAAAAAACAUUAACUACUAGGCUAGAAGCAUGAUUUCAUAUAAAACAAAAACCAAACAGAGACAACAAAAAAACUAGCAACCAAAAUGUGCUUCCUGUUAUAUGUAUCAGCAUGAAUGACUGCUGGCGCAUGGCCUGUCUUUAACUACAGUACUAGGGGUUAUGGGAGGGGGGGGACCACUCCCAUGUGGGAUGGGGGUCAUGAUGAGGUGUAGGGAAAGGUGAAUACGUCAUACAUCCCUUUCCUGAAGAAAAAGGGCAGUGUUUGUUUGUGAAACUUCUGAAAGGGGAGUCUGUUAAAUACUCUGAAUUAUCUCUAGGCAAAGGUUUGCUCCCCUCUCCCUGUCACACUAAUCAAACUCUUCUAGCAAACAAACAAACAUCACCACAGGCUAGUUUCAGCCUUAUGUCCCACUGUCCCAUUCCAGUAGCCUACACUUAGGAUAUUGGUGUUGUACAUACUAUAUGCACUUAAAUGAUACGUGACUGAGUGUUAUGUGUGUUUUAUGUCACAAAAACCCUAUGCGAUGCUGAUGAUGAUGCUGCUGUUUCAGAUCUGCCCUGGUUUUCUUGUUUGGUAACUCUAUGUGCAUAUUCUAUAUAUCUUGAUCUGUGUGGAUAUAAGAACAAACAAAACAA